AAAAUGCCCAGACCAGCAUCCGAAAGCCGGUCUCUUAUACAAAGCAGAAUCCCCGCCUAUAAAGCAGUUUCCCACCUCCGACUCCUCCCCACGGCGAACAGCCCUUCUGGAUCCAACCAACCUACAGACCCCAAUAGGGCCCAGCACCCAGAGGGUCCACAAUCCAGAGAAGGAGCUACAAGCCCCGUACUCGCAAGCCUCGAACCCCCAACUCCAACUGACCUCACCUCUGCCAGAGCAAGAAGACCAGGAGUACCCGCCGAGAGCGGACUUGGCUGGCUACACAAAGCCAGGCACCCGACCAGAGGGACCCUCGGGGAUGUCCUCCGCCCCCGGGGAGUCCCCGCCCAGCCCCGCCCGGCGCCCCGCGCUCACCAGCUCUCCCCACCCCCCCAGCCUGACACGCUCCAGGUCGUCCAGCAAGCCGCCCUCCCCCGCCGCCAGCAAGGAGGUGGCGUCCCGCAACUCCUCGUUAUUCGCCCGCCUCGGGUCCAUCCGGCCCCGCCGCCCGACUUUGCGCUGAGGCCCAAGGGGAAGCCCCGAGGGGACCCCGCGCCGUAGGAGGGAGUGGAGGCGCCGGCGAACCGCCCAGCACAGCGCAAGCAGCUCCUCAGCUGUUAGUGCUGCUUCCCCAGCUCCUUCACCGGCUCCUGCAGCUGCCGCACCUCCUGGUCCGCGUUAACGUUGGAGUUAACGUCCUCCAUCCCGGCCCCACUGCCUCCGCCGCCCGCCGCCCUCUAGCUCUCGCAGCAACAAGGAAAGAGCCGGAGGAAAGAGGCGUCCACGCCGCUCACUCCAGCCGAGGCGCCCGCAUAUAGCAGGGCCAGGCCCCGUCGCCAGGGUCCCCCUAGCGCGGGUUCCGAAGCGCUGCUGGCCCCAGCUGAACCGCCUCCUCGGCGCGGGUCCGGGAUUCGAGGAGGCAGCGCCAAUAUCCGACCUCUGCCGCCAUCUUCCCUCCGUCCCUCCGCCCCCCCGAGGGUCGGCCCUGUAGGUGACCUCAGAGUGUCGGGGGUGGGCGUGGCCCCGGCGGGCGCUAAGAGGACCUCUCGCAGAGAGGACCACCAAGCUCCCGACAGGGCGGGGCCGGGUGUGUGAGGGGCGGGGAUUGGGCCAGAAGGGGCGUGUCUGGACUGCAGGCGGAAGUGGAACGCGGCCGGACCUGCGACGGAAAGCCCCUGCAGGCCCGGAGGCGAGCAGAAGGCAUUCUGCUAGCCGGGCUGAGGUGGUGAAGACGGUCCUCGGGCGUGUGGGGUGUUCUCCACCCCCUUACACGGCGUGUGGGACCCACGGGCCAUUCCCGCCCGGCUCCGGGCCGGAUCUCGAGUGGGCGCUCAGCGGGGUCUGGGGAGAGACAGUUUACUUUGUUCAGCAAAUAUUUAACCGAUGCCUACUUUUAAUGGGAGAUUGUCUCCGCUGGCGAGAGCCUCAGAGACCGCCUGUGUUCUUUUCUUCCCCUGAAAGUAAGAAACCCGAAUUUCAGACAAGAGAGGUCUAAGGUCAAAAUAAUAAUCAUAAUUUCCUACUGGCCAUAUACUAUGCUAAGCCCUUUUUUAUUUUAUUAUUAUUAUUUUUUUUUUUGUCGCCCAAGCUGGAGUACAAUGGCGCGAUCUUGGCUCACUGCAACCUCCGCCUCCCGGUUUAAAGCGACUCUCCUGCCUCAGCCUCCCGAGUAACUGGGAUUACAGGUGGGCGCUACCACGCCCCACUAAUUUUUGUAUUUUAGUGGAGACCGGGUUUCGCCGUUUUGGCCAGGCUGGUCUCCAACUCCUGACCUCAGGGUGAUCCGCCCACCUCAGCCACUCAAAAGUGCUGGAUUACAGGCGUCAGCCACCGCGCGCCCGGUCGUCCUAAUCACUUUGAAAGGCAUUAUCUCAUCGGUUAAAACAGUUUUCCUAACUUAAAUUGUUUACAGCACCCUGGCGCAGAGCAGGGAAUGGAAAACCGCUGCUUGCCUUUCUCCUCUUACUGACUCACAUUCUGCUCUUUGGAUCAUUUUCUUCGGAAAAAGUUUUCCAAAGUGUGUCUUGACUUUAAGUUGUGUAUUAAAAGUACUUGAACACGCUGACAGAUUCUGAAGAAUGCAGAAAAUUGUAUGAGUGUGAAAAUCUGCCUUUAUGAUGUGUACUAGUGGCAGCAAAUCCAAACAAAACUUAAGUGCUUUGUUUUGAUCACAUUCACUGGGCUUCAGAUGUCAAUUGUGCACUGCGUUGGCUUGUGUUUGCAGCUUUUCUUCGGUGACCUCCUCCACUCUUAAUAACAGUGAUCCAGCUCUAUUACGCCUGGGUGUGGACUCAUGCCACGACUGAUUUGCUUCUACCCUUUAGCUUUUCUAGUGCCUUAGUUUCCGUGCCUAGAAUAUCCUGCCUGCCAUAGCUGAUUCCUUUUCUUAAAACCCGUAUUUGCUCAUUCAUUCAGGAAACCUCUUCCUGAAAAUUCCACAAAAAUUAAUUAUUCUUUGUGUUCUAGCAUUACCCGAUCCAUAGUUUUCAAUAGGUGUUUGCACUUUUUAAAAAAUUGCAUUACUUUCUAAUAAUUA